AUCUAACUGAAUUCGAAGGAGUAUACCACUAAUAGUCUAAUACCAGUCUUGUUGUUAGUUAAUAUAUAGAUCUAGAUAUCUAGAUCUAGAUUUCUAGAUCUAGUAGAUUCUAAAUCAAUUUAGUUAGCCUAGGCCUUGUUAGUCAAGUGAUUCAGAGUUAUAGUGUUCAUUCAUUUCGGCCUAGGAUCCAAACAUAAUCUCUAUCUAGAAAUAAACAUGGAGGAAAAUAAAUCAAAAACAUCAUCGGAAGAUGUGGCAUCUGUACAUUCUGAGUCUAGCGUUGAUGAAACAGUGGACAUGAGUGCAUUUGCCUUGCCAGACUUGGGUGUCCACGAAGAAGAAGAAGAUUCGCCCGAAAGCUCGAAGGAAGACUUCUGGGCAGAAGAUCUGGUAUGGCCCGACCCCGUAGGUCUGUUCCCCGGGACUAGCGGCAUCAAGCCGGGCACGCUGGCCUCUAAGAUCGAGAUCGCAGACAUUGACAAGGAGCUGGGCGCUGCCACUCGGUGCCAGAUGUCUCUCGUGGUCAAACGGCGGCCUCGGCCCAAAGACCUGCCGUGGAAUGUUGUCGUCAUCAAGAGUGAUCCACCAAUAAUAGAAGAAGAUGAUGUGGAAGAGUUCCUAGUUCAUGAUCCAUUGUUUGUGGAGUUCUUCAAUGCAUUCUUAUCUCUCCCAUCUUUUCCAGAGCCUAUCUGUUUUAAUGUUGAGACUGGUGGUUUUGAAGUGGUUAGUGAUGGCAAACAGAAGUUGGCACAGCAGAUUAAAGAGGCAGUUAGAUCACAGCACACAAUGUCCAAAAAAUAUGAAGUGACAAGACACCACGCUUUUUCAGACAUUCCAGUUAUUCCAAUAGAAGAUUCCAACAGGCCUGAGGCUGUAAAGAUUGACACAUCUUUUCAAGUCAUAACUUUAAACAAAGACCAAGGCAUCUACUGGAUCAAAGCAGAGCGACUACCCAUCUUCCUGGAAAGUGAUUAUUAUUUUCAAUAUCGUCUGGCUAAAGUUAUAUCUCAAGUUCGUAUCUUCAAUGAUAAAGGGGAGUUUGUCGUCAUGAAAAUUGAUUACUCCAGUAAAAUCAAGAAAAAGAAAAGUGCUGUGGAGGUGCCGCCCCCCAAUGUGGAGGACAUCAUCAUGAAAGAAAUGUUUGUCAGCUUUGGAGAUGUCCGUGGUGCGGCUAAAGAGGCGUGGUUCACCCAGGCCAAGCAGGAGCUGAAGCUAGAGCCCACGUACACAAGCCUGGGCCCCAAGCUGGCAUCCACCGUACAGACAGCCAUACUUCCUGCGGAGAAAAGCUCCGUCUUUCACAGCCAAUAUUUUGGGGUCUACACACCAGUGCUAAAAGGCCCCAAUGAAACAGAGCCUUCCAUUAAUGAUCAAACAGCGCUAGAUGAGCAUCUGUUUGUCAAAGAAAAGCCUUUCACUCCACGUCCUUCUGACAAGAUUCACUCCUCAACAACAAUGCUGAGGAGGAAGAUCCCAGGGGAGCAGGAGGCUGACGAGGAGAUGGUCCCCCCUGGCAACGUUAUGUUCAUCUAUCCCAAGCAGGAUAACCAGAGCACUGAUGCAGAGUCUGGUAUUGGUGAAAUAGAUGAGAAAGAUGAGGAUUUCGAGAAGCGUUUAUUUGCCCAGCCUAUAAUAGAUCAAAUUUACUACGACGGUACCUGGGAAUCUGGUGGCACCGGCCAGAUCAUACUGAGAUCCAUAGAGGAGAUGGGUUCAGUUAUUGUUGGUGCCGUCAUGAAGAAAACUCUGGCGGAUAUGCUGGACAUUGAUGAGAAAAUAGUCCUGGCUGACCCAGCGGUCAGCAGCAUAUACCCUUCCAUGGACCUGACCUGUGUGUCAGUGGACAGACUGGAGAGUCUGUCCGUGGUCAAGGCUAGCGACGUGGAAGAGCUAAACUAUGUUCUGCAGUCCCUAAAAGCCCCCCAUGAAGAAGACACGGUGGCUGACAAAGAGCCAAUCCACAUAACCUGGGAUAAACCCAUGCCCAAGUCCGCAGAGGAGGAAAGUGAUGCAGACUCCCUGCUGGACAGUGACGAGGACUUUGAAGAGCGGGACAUUCAUUUCCGCCGCAAGAAGGACAAGUGGCAUAGCUUGACUAGUUUGAAAGGGAUCAUGGCCUUUAAGAAGUUCCUGGAAGGCACACACGGGGAGAAGUACUGGGAGCUUUGGGUAGAUAUUGAUAAAGGGAGGCUCAUCAACACUGAAGAGGAAAAAAAAAGAUAUAUCAUGUAUAUGAGGGACCGCUACUACAAGAAAGGUUCACCCUUUGAGCUGUCCUAUGAAGACAAAAAGAAAUUGGGCCUUGAAAACCUUUCCAGUUGGUGUCCUAAAUAUUUGUUUCAGGUCCACGCUAAAGUUCUGGAACCAUUGGUUCUAUACUGGGCACCCAGAUAUCUACUGAAGCACCUACUACGUACCCAUCCUGAGAAGUAUUACCUUUAUAAUCAAAUGAAGUCAGCCACACCUGUGAAAGAGUCUGACCCCUACCCCCACACGCAAGCACUGCUCCCCCUCAGACCCAAGUCCUGCUGUCCCAGGAACAGGAAGGGACCUGGAAUUGAGGAGUUGCCGAUUGAUAAUGCCGUUCUAAAAUUAACAAAAUCAAGGCCAGAUCCUUCUGGAACUUCCCCCAUGGUGGGCAACAGGCGCGUGUAUGGUGAAGACACCAUCAAACGUUUGGCUAACACCCCAACAGCGAAGUACCUGGGGUUGAAGCAAGCUGCCUUUAAGUCCCCUACACCAACAGCCAAAUCCAGUAGGAAACCUUCGGCUCCAGAGAAGUCAGUCUCAGCCACUUCAGAAACCAAGGGACGCCCCUCCCAUGACACAGUGACAGAUGCAGCUACGACACAGCGACCAUCAAUUAAUACUGAAACAAAAACUGGUCGUGAGAGCAUUACAUCCACCAACACUAAACUGCCUGACAUCACGGCUAAGAGUCUAGUGGAGGAGGUGGCCAUGGAGUUAAAACCAAAGGUGGAGGGCCUCCCCAGCCAAAAAAAACUUGCUGAGCCUUUAUCUGUGGUUCCAUGCCCGUACAAGCCACUGACUUCUAUUUUAGGGGACACCGCAGAAACUGUUGUUCCACUGACUCCCCUCAAGAAGCCAAAAGACUUACUGACUCCAAUGGUUAAAAUUAUUGAUGAAAAACCUAAGUCUACUCAAGGAAAAGACACUCCCAACUACACAUUCUACCGGCAAGACUCGCAGGAGUCUGCUAAAGUCUGCCCCCCUGAUGCUAAAGAUCCCCAGAAGGAGAAACUUGAUGGCGUGCACUACGCAGAAAUCAAGGACUGUGAUUUCAUGGGCAGCGAGCGUAUGGAGUUUCUGUUACAGGCCCUUCACCAUGAGCAAGAUGCAGGAAGAACUUUUAGAAAGUUUAUUGAAAAAAGUGAAAACACUGAUUGGGUUAAGCAUCUUGACUUUUGGGAAAGGGUCCAGGAAUAUAGGAAACUGUUUUAUAAAGACAAGCUUGACCUGCAUCUGAUUUCUAAGCAAGCAAAGUAUCUGUUUGCUCAGUUUAUUGUUGAAGGCGCCCCCAGCAGCAUUGGUGUGUGUGAGAGUGUAGAACUGGACAUCAUGGACCACUUGAACCCAGCUUAUGAAGACCUGUUUGACGAAGCAGAAGAGUUUACCUUGAAGGUACUCUUUGAUGCCUUCCAGCGUUACCUGAACCAGGACGUGAAAAACUACUGUAAGGUUGAACGUGCUGAGAUAACAAGGAGGUUGGAAACAAGAAACACCUCCAUCUUAGGCUUACAAAAAAAAGGAAUCAUUAAGGAAAGAUCUCUUACACCGGACGACCCUAUGGAGGGUUACAAGGAUCCAGUGUAUGAUGAUUCUGUCCUUCAACGAGUCCCAUCAGAAUUCAAAGACUGGACCUUAGAUAAGCUUAUUCAUAACCGCAUCGAGCUUGAACAUUUCCGACAGUAUCUCAUUGAGAACUUUGCUGAGAUAGAUUUAAAGUGUUGGAUGGAUAUUGAAGCUUGGAGGAGAACUCCGCAUGAUGAUGCUCGUAAAAGAGAUUUUCGAGCGAGGGAAAUUAAAAAGCACUACCUGAAUAGGAAGUAUUUCUUUGGACCAAGUAGUCCUGCAGGGAAAGAAGGACAGAAUAAGGUGAUGGAGCUAGGCGGUGGAUGGGGAAAAUUCCUUGAGGACAAGCCCCACAGCAGCAGCAUCCUGGAGGCUCAGAAGUUUGUCAGGGAGAGGCUGGAGAAGAAACACCUGCCCUUGUUUCUUCUGUCUAAAGGCUUCCAGGCUAGAAAUGUCAUGAGAGAAAGCAUCUCCGAGGGCGGUGACGACCAGUCUGUGACCAAGAAGCGGCGAGCACACGCAGUGAAUAAGGUGAUUGAGGACGCUGAAAAUUCUUUCUACAAGUUGUUGAAUAGAAAAGCCCCUGAUUACUCUCUGGUUGAAAAUGUCGUGUUCCCUCCUAUAAGAAAGCAAUCUAUUUCCUAUAGAAGUAGCUUCAUGUCUACGACUGAUAUCAAGGGUGGUAGUACAUCUUUGCCUCACGUUAAAUCUAAAACCGCGGGUGAUGAAUCUCCGUAUGUUAUAGUCAAGGAAGAUAUAACAUCUCGCCCUUUGAUGCCAACAUCAAGACUACAGCAGCUGUUGGAGAACAAAUGGAUAUCUUCGACCAAGGAUAUUUUCAUGCUGCAGAGGGCCCUGAUGAACCCCAUCACAUGCCAGCAGUUCCUCAAGUUUAUCUCCAUGCAGGAACAACACCUGGAGAAUGACGUCUUGUUCUGGAUAGAAGUACAGAAAUACAAGCAACUACAUCACACACAUACAGACGAAGCCACAUUAGCUUUAAAGGUGAAUGCAAUCAUAAAUUGCUUCAUCGACUCCUCCAUCCCACCAAGUCUUCAAAUUGACAUCCCACAAGAACAGGCUGACAAAAUUCUAGAACACAAACAUGAGAAAAGUCCUUACCUUUUCAGGGAAGCGCAGCUUUCUGUGUUCAGACUUCUCCUCCAACAAUGGCAACCUUUCUGUGACUUCCGUUCCAACAUGGACUCAGAUGUCAAGGUCAUGAAGACAUUGGCGCGCCAUCGAUUGAUUGCAGACGAGAAGGAGAGACUUCAUAGAGCAGAGAUCAUGCAGCAGAGAGAAAAGGAAAGGCAGAUGCGUUUAGAAAUGGGUUUGAUGAGUGUCGAGGACGUAACUGAACAGGAAGUAGAUGAAUCAGAGGAAAAAGGCGAGGGGACAAGUUUUAGCUAUCACGCAUAUCUUCGGGAACAGGAGGAAUGGAAGAAAAGGCUGGAAGAGAAGUUUCAACUUACUGGCACUUGGGAAGACUUUGUGGCUUAUCAAAAUGCCCUCGGGAACUUUGAUCUGGAUAAUAUGAGGCUGGUGACAGUAGCUGAUAGAGGUGCCCAGACAAUACGACCACCUGAGGGAAGGCCUAGCACUGCAGGGAGGCCUGGGACUGCAGGGAGGCCUGGGACCGAGGGAAGGCCUGGGACUGCAGUGAGGCCUGGGGCUGAGGGAAGGCCUAGCACUGCAGGGAGGCCUGGGACAGGGCUCAGACGGACAUCAAACAGUGACAGAUUGAAAAUGGAGGACACGUCAUUGUCUGACAAGGAAAAUAUCUCAGGAAAAAGGAGAACUUCAGCAUCAGGCCUUAGAGACGGAUAUAGAGAUAAAACUAUGACAAAACACAAGAGAAGUUUCCAGCGUACAGCCACUGAUCACCUAGGAGAUGACGAUGAGCAUGCCAACACAAAACUUACCAUAGUUAAUUAAAAAACAAAACUAAGCUGUUUGAUGUUUACAAUAGCUGUUGUACUUCAGCAGCUAUUUUAUAUGUGUUGCCAUGAACUUUGUCUCAAAAUUUUUUAAAUUGAUGUAUAAAAAGAAAAAAGAUUUUUUGUUCAAAUAUUCUUGUAGAUCAGCAUAAGUUUCAUACCUGUGGUUUCCAACAUUUUAAAACAACUGGUACCAACAUCCCAAGUUAGAAGACUAAACACCAUAUAGUUAUAAGACAACAUCCCAAGUAGUAAGACAACAUAACAAAUUAGAAGACUAAACACCUCAUAGUUAUAGACAACAUCACAUAGUUAUAGACAACAUCUCACAAGUUAUACAUUUAAGACAACAUCAUGAGAUAUAAGCCAACUUCACUCAAGCAAUAAAGUAACCAGCAUCACAAGUUAUACCACAUGAUAUGAAAGAAUGUCCUGCAGUUACUACUCUCCCAAUCCACCAUUGGUUCCACAGACAUUGAACUUGCUGUAGACAUCUUCUCCUCAGUAUUUGUACUUUAUUGCAGUCGUAGUUAUCGGGAAAUAACAUUAUUUUUAUCACUUUUUAUUUUGACACUGUAUAUACAUGAAUAUACAUUUUUAAAUCAUGGCUUAGCUAGCCUUUAUAUGAUAUCAGGAAAAAAUUAUUUUAUUUAAUAUGUUAAUGUUGUUAAGCAUUCUGUGAUAUAUUUAUAAACAUUUAUAUUUAUACAUUUAAUAUAUUGAAAAUAAAUUAUAUAUCAGAGGUAUCUGUAUGACAAGUGUUAUUAAUGAGAACAUAAUGUGUCGCAAACAGGCCAUCUUGCCAGGAUAGUAUUGAUAAAUAUUUAUCCUCUCCCGUCUCAUUUGUGUAGACUUAGAGAAUUAUGUUUUGAGCAUGUUACAGGGAUUCUUUAGACAUAUAUCGUGAUGGCUGUACCAUGGGACUUCGAGUCCAGUCAAAUUCUGGUGAUUUUUUAUUGUGAUUUUAAAAAAUCCCUUUCUUUUAUAGACCUAUCUAUUUUUAUUGUGAGAUAGAAUCAAAUAUUUUUGAAUCAGCUCUUAUGAUAGAUUGAAAACCAUAAGUUUUUAUUAGCAGUUAAUAUUUAUGUACGAUUGUUUCCCAUGGGGAAUACCUUUACUCUGUUUAGGAUUGAGUUUAUUAUGUAUGUUUUUCUGUACAUCUUGCAUCUAACAUUCAAUAAAUAACUAUAUAUUUUAUG